GCCCCAGCAGUGCCAGCGGGCGGGCGGCGGCGAUGGAGGGCGCGGGGCAGUACGGGGUGCCGGGCCGCGGGGCCCAGGCGCGGGGCUACGAGCACCUCAAGGAGGACACGGAGCUGGGGGUGGUGCUGGGGCCGCCCGUGCCGCCGAGCUACGGGCUGCUGCCGCCGCCCCGCGACCACCUCGUCUGGUCCAUCUUCAACACGCUCUACAUGAACUUCUGCUGCCUCGGCUUCUUCGCGCUCGCCUUCUCCAUCAAGGCAAGGGAUCGCAAAGUCCUCGGUGACUACAGCGGUGCUGGCAGCUACGGCUCCACUGCCAAGUGCCUCAACAUCGUGGCCCUGAUCCUGAGCCUCCUGUUCUUCAUCCUUAUCAUCAUCCUUUUGGCAACGGGUGUCAUUGCCUUGGCAAACUUAAGUAAUAAUGGAGUCUAGCCUCUCCUGCAGCCAUGUGGGUAAAUCGUAGCUGUUUCACCACCCCACAGGCAGGGCUGUUCCUGCUAUAGCUCCCACAAUUUCCAUUCCCUAUUUCCUGGCUCUGUGUGCUCCCCAGCCACCUUCCUGAGCUGGAGAAGGAGCACCGCUUUCUUUCUGACCCCACAUGCAGCCAGCGUCAUUCAUCAGAGAAGCUCUCAGCUUUGUAUGGGGAUCCUGAAGGAAGAUCUCUGAAUCCUCUGUGGGAACUAACCAUCCUGUGCUCUCCAUCACCCUUACACUGAGGAUAGCGGGCACCGUCUCCAUCCAAAACCCAUCGUCUGAAGUGCCCUUUGACUGAAUGGCUGAAAUCACCACCGAGGAGGUGGGGGAGUACUUGAGGACACCUGUUGCCGUGGGGCUGGAGAGUCACAGUUCUGCUUGUGACAUUGCUUUGUCCCUCAGUUCCAAGUAGAAGCCUGAUAUCCAGGCCACUGACCCUCAAAUAAAAAGAUCCCUUUCUUUCUUGUAA